CAGACAUGAGUGUUUUGCCUGGCUUACUACAUAGAAGGAAGUUCGUAGAAAAAUCCCCGAAUAACGGGAAGUGAAUCCGAAAUACACCCCCUAUAGAAGACGAGGAACCCCCUCCAGGGUAUGGCAGCACAAGUUCCGGUGUAGUUCUAGGCGGGAAAAAGUCAUGACGGCCCACAAGUGUGGUGGUGAUGAAUGAAGUCAGCCUUGUUCAGUGAAGUGGGGUGAGGACUGUUUGAUGGAGCGGCAGCUUCGCACUUGUUCCAGUCGGAAAGUGAACCAACCCUGGUUGUUGGAAGUGACAUGAAGCCAGGAGGGAGGGGGGCUGGAUAUGAGUCAGUGGGAAUGGCGGGUCAGAGCACAGGUCAAACUGCACCAGGAACAAACCCUCAAGUUCACAGGCAACAGGAGGAAAUGACGGAAGGCUGGGACGUUCUCUGGGACUCCCCCCUAGAGUCCAAGUACGAGUGCCCCAUCUGUCUCAUGGGCCUGAGGGAGCCGGUGCAGACCAACUGUGGUCAUCGCUUCUGCAGAUACUGCAUCCUCAAAUCCAUCAGGCAAGAUAUUUGCCCCAGGUUUCCCAUAGAAAACUCCCUUUUCACAGGGGACCAGAUUUUCCGGGAAAAUUUUGCCAAACGAGAGAUUUUCCCCCUGAGAGUGAGGUUUUCGAAUAAGGGCUCCAAGGAGGGGAUGGAACUUUCCUUUCUGGAGACCCAUUUGAGCACCUGCAACUUUGCAUUUGUGGAAUGUCCGCUCGAGUGCGGCGACACCUUCUGGAGAAAAGACAUCCCCGACCACCUCAAGAACGACUGUCCAAGACGUCUGGUCAAGUGUCUACACUGCUUCAAGGAGAUACCGUUUGAUCAUCAGGAGAUCCACCUAGAAGAAUGUCCCACUGUUGUGCGCCCCUGUGAGUUUUGCCAACAAGAGCUAACAAAUGAACAGAUGAAGCGUCACAUUGCGAAUGAAUGUCCCAGAGCCCUGGUGCUGUGUAUGUUUAGUACAGUAGGCUGCAAUGUUGAGAAGAUGGAAAGACGUAACCUCGCCGAACAUUUACAAGAAUUCACGCAGGUCCAUCUAAGACUUCUUCUAAACGGUCUACAGACUCUUAAAGAUGCUCAGAUCCAUCGUGCAGGUAACCAUUCCGAUCCGCACUCUCUUCCCGCGAGAAUGACAGAGGUUCCGUACGACCCCAGACGUCAUCUUCCGCUGUUGCACGAGCAGCAGACACUCUUCCUUCCCCCUGGACAGGCUGCAGUCACCACUCAGGGUUCGCACGGGCCAUUUGGCUCAGAGGUGCCUCAUGCCGUAGAUCAGCAUAGCGGUGGUGACGGCAUCACAAGACUUAGCCACAGCAUGCAGCAAAUGGUCAUGUCUCCUGGGCCCUUCCAGCCCAGGCUAGGCGAGACCACCUGGACAUCUACUGAGGAGCGCGAGCAUUACGCAGAACAGGUCAUUCCCGUGACUCGUGUUAGUCCGUAUCCGGCUGUGACGAGUCCAUAUACGGCAGCCGCUGCCUUGGGUGCGCACGCGUACGCACACAUGGAGGGCAGCAGCGGCUACAGGACAGACGGCUCGUCUGUAAGCUCCCCUUCGCGAGACAGCGGCGCUCCUUCUCAAGACAGUGGCGCUCCGAGGUCUGAAGACGGUUCCAUGGCAGAUGCACGAGCGCUUCGAACAAAGGUACACACCCAGGAGACCAGAAUCGUUGAGCAGCAGCACUACAUCAGAGAGCUGGAGCUGAAGCUUGGGUCCCUCCAGGAGAAAUACUUCGAACUGGAAGAGAAGACAAAAGAAAAGAUGUGCAACGGCACAUAUAUCUGGAGGAUAAAAGAGUACUCGAAAUUGCGACAACAGGCAAUUAACGGAGAGGCAACUGUGAGACACAGUUUAGGUUUUUAUACAAGUUACUAUGGAUAUAAGUUGUGCGUGAGAGUGAACCUUAACGGUGUGGAUUCCGCACACGGUACACACAUUUCUCUUUUCAUUCAUUUUAUGAUGGGUGACAAUGACGACAUAUUGGAAUGGCCGUUCCAAGGAAAAAUCACCCUAUCAAUCCUAGACCAGAACAGUAAUCCUAACCAGCAAGCCAAACACAUCACAGAGACACUUGUAGCAAAGCCGAGCUACGCGGCGUUUCAACGUCCGACGACGCUACGGAACCACAAGGGUUUCGGUUACAUGGAAUUUGCCCUCCUUCGCAGUUUAGAGAGUGGUCAGUACAUAAAGAACGACACCCUUAUCAUCAGAUGUACGGUACAGCCUCAAUAGUGAUGCAGAAUAACAUGUCGUGCUUUAGGUUUCACUACAUCGCAUGGAAAGGUCAAAGUUCAAAGGUCACCGGUAACUAACGAAAAUGAGAAAGUAAUGGGGUAUGUCGAAUUUGUCACACAGGUGCCUGAAAACCUUAGAUGUGUCUGUUCCAUUGUGAACCAACUUCAAGACUGGUGAAGUAAUUACUCUGAAAAUGCUUGAAAAAGGGACCCGACAAAAAACAGAAAGAGAGAGAACUACCUGUCAAAGUUACAAAUGAAUAAAGAAAGAUCUUCAUGCGUUUCGUUGUAGAUGAAAAACAUGUUCGGUUUCACAAGGACAGCUUACUGAAGUGUCGAGUGAG